AUGCGGAGCACCCUGCUGUUUGCAGCCAUCCUAGCCCUCAGCCUGAUCCAGAGCUGCAUGGCUGUCUGUGAGGAGUCACAGGAGCAGGUGGUGCCCCGCAGGGACCACAGCAAGAAGGACUUGGAUCUCUACCAGCUGCCCCCUUCACUGCUCCGAAGACUCCUAGACAACCACUCAGUCUCUCUGGAUGGGCUGCUCAAAAUACUGAGCCAGGCCAGUGCACGUCCUAAGGAGUCAGGAUAUCCCCAGAAACGUGACAUGCACGACUUAUUUGUGGGGCUUAUGGGCAAGAGGAACACCCAGCGAGAUACUCCUCUUGAUGUGAACCAAGAGAAUGCACCUAGCUUUGGCAACCUCAAGUAUUUUCCCAACGCAGAGUGA